GUUGGAAUGACUUGCUUCAUCCACUCCAACCAUUGGUUAUCUCUUGUCAUCGACGGUUCAGGUCACACAAUUUACUUCGGAGACUCGUUUGGAUGCCAUGAAGCACCAGAUUCAAUCUGUCAUGCAGUCGAGUGGUGGCUUGCAUUGCAUACACCUGUUUUGUUUGUCUGGCAACCUCUUGCCUGCACUCGCCAACAAGAUCAAUAUUUGUGUGGCAUACUCGCUGUCAAUGCAAUUGCCCAUCACUUUCUUCCAGAAACUUAUCCUCUCCUCUUGCCUGAUUGCAAUGCACUCGAUGGAGCUCGAAUGCAGUUUGGUGUGGCCAUCAUUGAUGCCCACCUUCGCACAUUAUCUGUGAGAAUCAGUUUUUUUGCCAUCUGUGAUUAUUUACUAAUGCUACGAACAGCAGAUCAAAUCUGGAGAAGUCUUCUUACCCCAGCCCCCAUCUCAUGCAACAGACUCCGAGUCUAA